GCUCAAGAGUUAUAAAUAGGUGUUUUAAUUAUGAAAAAACAAAGCGCUAAAAAGCGACCAGUUACCGAAGAUGAAAAUAAAUCGCGAAAGAAAACAAAAACAGAGAAAUUUCCAAUUGGUGAUGGCGAAAGAGCAGACACAGAAAGAUCAUUAUCAUCGAACACACCAAGCUCGUCGUCACAAGAAUCUGAAGUAUGUAGCUUCAAGGACUUUCGGUCAGAUCUAACUAACGUUACGAUGUCAAAAACCGAACGCAGUCUAGAGCCCUUACCGUCAGAUGUGGGUAUUGGGGAUACUUUUGGACUCCCAUUUAUGUUCAACGACGAUAUGCAAUUUGUGGAAUCAUUUGAUCUGCCGAAUAACGUUGAUAAUCAGCAGUAUAACUCAUUCAAGCCUCCAGAUUCAGAUGUUGAGUUAGAUACAAUCGUACAACCCAUUUGUUUCAAUGAUAUGCAAGUAUUCCAAAGUUCGGUGAACGAACAGGUCAAUAAAUACAGUCCUAAAACUAAUCGAACUAAUGAUGCUUUCGAGGACAAAGAGGAAAUGGAAAAUAAAGAACUAACAGCUCAACGGCUUUCCAGUUUCGAAGAAGAGUUAUUGGCAACACUAACGACAACAAAAUCGAGAAAAGACGAACUGUGUUCCGAUGAUGAUAUUGAAGAGGCUUUGGCAAAGCUCCCUCGAAAAGCCCUGUUUAAAGAUAGGAAACACUCACUCCUACAAAAAUUAAGCGAUACGGUGGCAAGCAGCAAAUCUAAUGCUGAAAGUUGCGAUAAUUCCGAUUUCGAAUUUAGCGAUUCGAUAUCAUCGGAAAUUGGACAGAUAGACGAUUCCAAUGACGAAUCACAUUCAUCUUAUUCACCCAUUUCCUUUGAAAAUUCUGAUGACAAUUUGGAAAAGGAGGGCGAGUCUAGUGGGAGAGUGAAGAAAUUAAGUCGCAAACACUUGUCCCCGAACUGUGAUAAAAAUCCAAAUAUCUUAAAUAUGGAGGUCGCCCUUGCAGGACUUGUGAAUUUGGAUGAUGUUAGGCCCACUACUGAUUCUGCCCCGAAAGCUACGAAUCAGAGUUCGAAAUCAACGAAGUUUCCAACACCAUCAAAAGUUCAGCUGAUGCAACGAUUAUUGAACCAACAAACCUCAUCUAGAAAGAAUAACUCCACUCACAAGAGCCAACCGCUUUCGCAAGAACCGCUUUCGUUUAUCGCAGAGGCGAUGCAAGCAACAGACCCCAUAUUUCCCAAUUUAAAGCCUGUGGAAUUGACGGAAACAAGUGAGUCGCCAAUCAAAUCCAGUGCAUCUCCAAAAAGCCAAUCAGCUGAGGAACAAAAAAUUAACAUUGAUUCACGCACGCAAAGUGGCGAUAAUAAUAGCCCAGGAAAUUCAGGAAGCAGAGAAUCUUCUUCUGUUAGUUGCGCAGAGAAAAAACGACACCUCGAAGAGAAAUUAACGAAAAUGUCAAGUACUCCGAAGGAGAGAGAUGAGAAGUGCAACAUUUCACCUGGCAGUAAUAUGUUUUCGCCACGUUCAGCUAAGGACACGGACAGCGAUGAUUCGGUUUGGCGACGUAAGUCUCAAGCGUCGAAAAAUGAUGGUCACAGAGAUUUUUACGAAGAUGAUAGCACAUUUGAAGAUGACAAGCUUAACUCUGACGAUGAUGAAGACCAUACGAAUUCGGAUCUACCUUAUUCAAAUCUGCUAAACGAUUACGAGCAACUCUUUCAUGAGAUUCGCAAGAUUAUCGAUAGAGUUCCCAAUCGCUUUAAGUAUGAAAUAUACAAUCUUCUGUAUCCAACGUUGGCAGUGGUCUAUCUCCGAAUGAUUUCCAGCGGGAAGUACCGAAAGGGCAAGGCGUUUGUGGAGAGCUGUCUACGUUAUAUUGAUCAUUCAUACAUGGCUCGUGUGGAUAAGCUAAUGGUAUUGCAAACCCCGGGUGAUAUGCCCAAUAAGGCUAGAAAGUUGAUCAGCGACGAAAACGCACAGGUUCCAGUCUCCAUGUUUGAAGAGACUUACUAUGUAUUGCUGCUCUGCAUGGAGUCCUGGAGUCGUUCCCUACAGAUGACCUUCAUAAGGCAUUUCGACCUAUAUCCUGACUAUAACAACGGCGAACCCCGUCAGCAUAGUCGCAUUGGCUCUGUUAUUUUGGAUAAAAUAUUCUGGGCUACUCCCGAAACAAUCAAAGACAAUAAAGAGAGCAGUCCGCGACCAAUGCGGCGCAGACGCUUUAAGAAGGACAAACCAUCUCCCACGAGAAACGUUCAUUUACCAUCAGGCAAUCGUCUCUAUACUCCCACUCCAAAGCGUUGGGAUUUGGAACGCCAUAAAGACGACGAGGAACGCCGGGUGCCGCUUAACCGCAACAACCUGCCAUCGACUUAUCUAUACACGGCACUUGAGAGUGUUGAGACUAUAAUCUGUGCCACAUUCUCCAACAAAACCACAAUGCUCUCAAUUGGCACCGCCUCCUCCGCAAUCCACGUUUUCGCGCUGACAGCCUCAAAAUUGGUGCAGAUCAAGUCGGCCAAGUGCCUUAAGAGGCUUGACACAAGCAUGUCCGGCAUAGACGAGAGCAUGUUGGACGCGACCAAAAGAAAAACAAGACGCACACUCUAUGGACACCAAGGAGCCGUGUACGGAUGCACAUUUGCUCCACAUGAUCGUUUCCUGCUCAGCUGCGCGCAGGAUCGCACUGUGCGUUGUUGGUGCCUGCUCUCCUGGAGCUGCGUUGUCGUCUAUCCGGGACACUGUGGGGCUGUCUACAGCGUUAGCUAUGCACCGUUAGGUUAUUAUUUCGCUACAGCAUCGGAUGAUCGCACGGCACGCAUUUGGACGCAGGAUAGCAAGAAGUCAGUCUGCAUACUUGUCGGACAUUUGGCGGAGGUUGUCUGCUGUCAGUUCCAUCCAAACAGGCAUUACCUGGCCACUGGCUCCGCCGACUGCACUGUGCGCAUGUGGGACAUUGUUAAAGCCGUUCAGGUACGCAUUUUCAGUGGUCACAGAAGUACUAUUAAUGAUCUGGCCUACUCCAUGUGUGGACGAUACUUGGCCUCCGGAGCUGACGAUAACUUUCUUAUUAUUUGGGAUGCUGAUAAAGAGGAAUUGGUUCGCUGCCUGUCUCAUCACACUGCACCCAUUAACUGCAUUAAGUUUGCGCUGGAUAAUAAACUGUUAAUGGUAGGUGGCAAUGACUGCCAGAUGACCAUUUGGGAUUUCGAGCGCUUGGUUCAAGAAUAUGAUCCUGAGAAACAAAAAACGACUAACAGCCAUAAUAGCAGUGUCACGGCAACAGAGCCCAAUAGAUCAGAGCUAAGCAGUGAAGAUUUCUUGAUCAAGGCAUAUGCCAGCAGGGGAACCCCAUUCUAUACAUUAUGUAUUACACGAAGAAACCUCCUGCUGGGUUUCUGUGUCAAGCGAGCUGAUUAUGCAUUAAAGGAGUCAAAGCAAACAUCUACUAACGAUGCUAAAUACACGGAAUGGCUCGAAUUUUUAGACAUUCUAAAGCUGAAAUCGAUCUUUGCACAGACAAACAAAGGGGAAUCGAAUGAAAUCGAAAGGAUGGGAGAGCGAGAACAACUAAUAAACCUCGAUGUCGAAACCUCUGAUGAUGACCUUGAAGAUUCAUUUAAGUAUGCACAUGACGAAUUCUUUGAGGAUAAAGAAGAUAUGGAGUCAUUUAGGUAUUCUGAGUAUGAAUAUUUUGAGGAUGAUGAAGAUUCAGACACGCUUAGUAGUCCCGGUGUAGAAUCCUUCGAGGAUGAUGACGAGGAUUCGGAAAUAAUAGAGCAUCCUAAUUGCAAAGACACAUUAAGCAAUUCCAAUACUGAAUACGAUUCCGAUGAUAGAGAUGAUUCCGAUAUUGAAAAGAAUUCCAAUAUCGAAACUUUUGAAAGGGAUGAAUGCUCUGAAACAUUAAAAGCCCCCAGUAAUGAGAAUAUUGAAGAAAACUCUUAUGGUGAUAUUAAUGAUAAAGAAACUGAGCUAUCACGGAACUCCGACGUUGUAUAUUCUGAGGAUGUUGAACAAGAGGCAGAUAAACUAAAGAGUCCUAAGGUUAGAAUAAGGAAGGAGAACACAAAAUCAUUAUGCGGUUCCGAUAUUGAAUAUUUAGAUAAAAAUGAAGAUGAACCAAAAAAAAUAAACAAACCCUCGCAUAAUAAUAAUAGAGGAUCCGAAAUAUUACCGAAUAGCGAUGCUGAUAAAGGCACAGAAUCAUUUAGGUAUCGGGGUGUGGAAUGUUUUGAAGAUGACAAAGAAGUAUCUGAAAAAGUACAAAAUUCCGAUGAAGAAUACUCUGAAAAUUAUGAAGAGUGCGUCGAUGAUAAUAAUGAAGAGUCAGAAUUAUCAGAAUCUGUGAACGAUCUUGAAACUGUAGAGGACGAUGAAGAGUCAGAAAGUCUCGCUGCUAGAUCCUCUGAAGAUGAAAAAGACAUAACUGAACCAUUACUGAGUUCCGAUGGCAAUGAUAAAGAAGAGGAGGAUUCUGAAGAAGAUUCAGAUGAAUUAAAGAAUCCUGAUGUUGGAUGCCAAAAUAAUGAUGAAGAAGCAACGACACAAUUAAAGCAUCACAAUGUUGACUUUAAGGAUAACGAAGAGGAGUUAGAAACACCAAAGACUUCCGACACCUUUGAUGAUGAAGAAGACACAGAACCGUUAACAAAUCGGGGUAAUGCAGGCGAUUCAAAAAUAUCAAAAAAUAUUAAACAAAAGGUCAAAAUAGUAGAGAGUGUCAAUGUUGCAUCCUUUACUUCUGAUAAUAAUAUCGAAUCCCUAAAGAAUUUCGAUGUUGAAAAUGAAGACGAAGAUGAUGAGGAGGAAGAGGAUGAUGAGGAUAAAGAGACGGUAGAGGUACAGAAUUUUGAUGUUGAAACCAUUGAGGAAGAUAAAGAUCAAUCAGAAAUAAUAUUAAGUCAUGAAGAUAAGAGCAAGGAGGAUGACGAGGAAGAGUUAAAAACAGAAGAGAACACCGAUGUUGAAUCUUUUGAUAAUGAUAUAGUAGAAACAGAAACCUCAAUGGAUUCCGAUAUUGAAUCUUUUAAGGAAAACGAAGAGUCGGAAGUUGUGCAGAAUAUCGAUCUUAAGAAGGUGGAAGAAAAGAAUUAUGGCGUGAAGCCAACGGUAGAAACUGAUGAUGUUGGAAUAAUAAGUAAACCUGAUGUUGACAACAUAGAUGAUGAUGAAGAGUCAACAACUUAUGUUAAAUCUAUUAAUGAUUAUAAAGAAGUGACGGAACCAUUCAUAAAUGCCGAAGCUGAAUCCUCUGAAGAAGGUGAAGAAGUGUCGGAAGAGGCACUGAAUUUCGAUGCUCGUGAAGAAAAGCAGGAUGAUGAAGAGGAUCUAAUAACAGUAGAAAAUGCCGAUGUCAAAUUAUAUUAUGACAGUAUUGAAGAGGCAGAAUCCUCAAGGAAUUCCGAAGAUGAAUCCUUGGAGGAAAAUGAAGGGGUAAUGAGAGAUAAUGAAGAGGAGCAAAAAAUAAAUACCGCUGUUAAAUCCCUUAAGGAAAAUGAAAAGAAGCCGGAAAUAGUUAAGAAUUCUGAUCUUGAGUACUUGAAUAACAAUGAAAAUAAUUUAGAAAUGGAAACGGGACAGAUCCAUUCAGCAAUGUCGAUGUUGAAUCUCUUGAGAAACAUGAAGGAGUCUUACAAAUAG